AUGGCACCGAUGCUGACCUGGGGCGCCUGGCGGGCCCAAGCCAAAGCCCAGCUCCCGCCGCCGACCGAGUCCUUCGCCGGCAAGACCGUCCUCAUCACCGGCGCCAAGGGCGUCGUCUGCAGCGAGGUCGCCCGCAUCCUCAUCCGGCUCGGCGUCGGGACGCUCGUCCUCGCCGUGCGCGGCAUCCCGGAGGGCCCCGAAGGAGAGCCGGCGCUGGAGGCGCUUCUUGGACCCUCCGCCGACCGGUCCGGCACGCGUGUCCUCGUCUGGCCGCUCGACCUGCUCUCCUUUGACAGUGUCAAGGCGCUCGCCGCCCGCGCGACCAAGGAAUUACCGCGCCUUGACGUCGUACUAAACGGCGCCGCUCGCUCUUCGCGCGAUAGGCAACUGACCAAGGAGGGUUGGGAGUACGUUCACCACCAAGGCGUGAUGGUCAACCACCUCGCACCCGCCUUGCUGACUCUGCUCCUCCUGCCGCUGCUCAAAAAGACGGCAGACGAGCACAACACCACCACCGUCGCGGCCGAGAUCGCUUCCCUGGGCAGCAGGAUGUCCCGCUCAGCCAUGCCCACCCCCCCAGCCACGCCCGCCACCGACGGCACGACGGCCUACCUCAGCGCAGUCAACGCCAAGGGCGAUUGGGUCUCGCGCCACCAGAUGUAUGGCAUUACCAAGCUGCUCUUCUGCCACUUUCUCCACGAGCUGGCCGCCCAGCUGCAGGCCCCCAACGUCCAGUUCCACAGCGCCGACUUUGGCGUGUGCAAGGUCCAGAAGGGGGUCAACGAGACCUUCAAGUCUGCCCUGCCCAUGAUGUAUCUCCUCGGCCGGGAGCCGGAGAUGUGUGCCAACGUGGUGGUCAACUCGUGCAUCGCUCACGAGGGCGCUAAACAGUCGUUCUACGUCGACUAUGAUGCGAUUGGGCUUCCGGACUUCAUGGCAGACGAGUCAGGCGUGAGGCUGCAGAAGGUUGUGUGGCAGGAGACCAAGGCUGUCCUCCUCAAGGUUUCUCCCAAGGCAUACGAUCAGGUGCUGCCCAAGGCUGGGGCUUCUAAUGCGGUUAGUACCGAAAAGCAAGACAAUGCAGGGAAGGCCGAGGCUGAGGUAGCUGGCGGAGCACUGGAGGAGUCCUCUACUGGCGUGACUGCUUGA